GUUGAGCAUCCUGUGUAGUCUAGUCUCCCUUCGAGCGACUCGCUUCCAUAUUCCUGCUCCUCGAAUUGCCUCGUCCGUCCUGCUGAUCAAUCUUUAUUCCAGAGGUCUGCGCCUCGAUAUAGUAAAUUGUGCAGAGUCUUGCUGUUUGGUAGAAUUAAUAAUAGCUAGGGUCUGCACUUCCAUAAUGCCGACAUAGUAGUCACGCUUCGAGCGGCUCGUUUAUCGCGUACGAAGUAGCCAGAAUCCCACUCCACUCUCGCCAGCCGCCAGCACUGCAGAUCACCGCCAUGGGUCGCCACGACCCCUCUCGCCUGUUGACGCUCCGCCACCUGCUCCUCGCGCUCGCCCUGCUCUCGCUGCUGCUCGCGCUGCUGCCGCCGUCGCGCGCACAGCAGCCGGGCGUGUCGACGAAGAUGGCGCGGGAGAUCGCUCGGGCCAAGAGGCAGCUCAAGAAGAUGCGCCUGUUUGGGCCCAUCACCGACGUCAUCGACCUCAUACUGACGUCACUCAUCCCGCUCAAUGACGUCACCAUCCUGCUGCCAGUGCACGCACGCACCAUCCGCUUCUUCAUGGGCGCCUUCUCGUCGCAGAAGCAGCAGCAGCUGAUAGCUUAUCACAUCCUGGAGGGUCGCUACGACUACCGCCGCCUGCGCUACCUGCCCAAGGGGCGCAAGCUCAACACGCUGGAGGGCACGCAGAUAGUCAAGCGCGGCCGCAAGGGCGGGCUGCUGGUGGCGCUCAAGGGUAAGGGCGGCGCGCCGGUGCCCAUUGUCAUGCCGAACCUGUUCAACGGGUCGCAGUUCACCAUCCAUGCCGUGUCCGAGAUGGUGGUGCCACAUGACAUCUACUAGGGCGCCUGGGGAGCUGCUUUAUGAGUCAGCCAAGGCAGCACAGGGUUCGGUAUGGUUCGGCCACAGUGCACCAUCCAUGCGGUGGCGGAGAUGGUGGGGCCGUGAGACGUACUGAUGGUGCAGUCAUAGUCAACGUAGGAAGCAGAGGGCUGACUCUCAUCGCUCGCGCUGCACCAUCCCUGCGGUCGCUCGCACGGGUCCGACUGGAAUCGUCUGAUGCUGGGGUGGAGGAGGGGCGUCGAGGCUGGUUGGGUAUGGAACCCAACGGUGAGACAGGGGUUUGGGGGUGUGUAGGGCUGGCAGCGCCGGUGGCACCGGCAUGGUCUUGCUGGUGGUGCAGGGCAGGCGUGGGACAGUGGCAGCUCAGCACGUGGCUGCAGUCGUUGGGGAGAGCAGCUGGGUUGGGGGAGAAUGGCUGAAGUGGAGGGAUGCGGUUGGAGCAGUGGGAGAGGGGGCCGGUCUGGAAGGACAGUCACGCAGACUGCUCAUACGGCAUGCCUGCAUCGCCGCUCCUUGGGUUCCUGCAUUGACCUCCGCCUAGCACACUGGGCAAUCAACUGACUAACAUAAGCCACAAAUGGGGAUUGGCUGGGAAUGGCGAACAGCGAGAUAAGGACUGUACAUUUGAGAAAGACAGGUAGCUGUGACGAGGUGAGAUUUGGCACAACGGAGUUGGAUGGGAUGGGAGUGAGCAGAAUAGACAGGGAAGAAGGGCCAGCGGGUAGUGCAUGCAUUGGCUUGAAGGGGAGCAAUGGAUGUCGAAGAGGGAGAAAAGGGUACAAGCAACAGAUGGACUGAUGGUGGUCACAAUUCAUGCAAGUACCGGUAAAUGUUUUUUUUGCAUAAGUUUGUGUGAAUGUGAUUGGUUUUGUUUAUUCAUAUUCUGAUUCUAUUA